UCUUUCUCAUCCAACCAAAAAAUCUUAACCAGAAGAGACCAGAAAAUAAACAGAUAACAUCAGACGACAUUUUUUCUUUUGGAAAACGGAUUUUAUUACAAAACAUGAUUUUUCAACCAUUUGUGAUGAACUCAUCAUCAGUGUCUCUAUUUAAUCAAUUUAUUGCUUCUUCUCAAUCAACAUUGUUAAAUCAAUCAUUAUUUUAUUGUUGAUUCCACUAACAGUGUUUUACCUUCACUCCUAUCAAUAGAGAAAAGUGAUAUUUUCUCUGUUUUCUUGACUUUUCCUCUUCACUUCCAUGUUCAACAACGAUUUUUAUAUAAACUGUCAACUCAACAAUUAAGGUGCUGUUAAUCAAAAUUUCACAGUUUCAAUCAACUUCAACAACGUGUUUGUUCAAUGAAAAUGUCCAUAAUCAACCGAAAUCUUGUAAAUUGGUGACAAUGAAUUUUAUUGGAACUACAAAGUCUAUUCAUUGGAAAUAAGUGAUCCCUAAAUAGUGGGAAUAAACAUAAAUUGAAUUUUUUUAGACAAAUUGAUUAUUCAAUCGAUAAAUAGAAUCAUCAACCUUUAUUAAACACUAAAUUCUCGAUUUUCAGAGAUUUUCAGCAAUUUUGAGUCAACACUUUUCCCUAGAUCAAGUCCAGAACGACUCGUUACUCCUUUCAAUAAUUUCACCCAAUCUCUACUGAACUCAGAGAUAUCCGUAGCUUGAUUUUUUCCUCAACAUAUUCAGCUUAACAUAUUGCCCAGAACUCCUCAAUAGGACGAACUCGAACAGUUUUCUUUUCCAACAAAUUCGAUUUUCCUUAAACCAGUAAAAAUCAGCUUUGAUAAUGCAUCAUCUUGAGGUGAAACUACUCUUUUUGCGAUCGAAUCGCGAUUGACCUGAUUUAGUAUGUUUAAUUCACGAAACCAAAUCUACUUUUGGUAUUGAAGCAACCCGAAAAGUGCAAUCUUUUAUUUUCUAAUUUUAUUUUUGUUAAAUCCUUGUUAAAAACUGUUAUUUUUACAUUUUAAUUGAUUUCCUUAUUGAAGAUCCUUUACGUGUUUCUUUGCUGAAAAUCUUAAAAAUAGAGAAUUGAUUGGCUGUUAAAGUAAUGCAAUUUGAUUCAUUUUUUAUCAAGUGAACUGUAAAGUAUCUAUUUUAUCAGUUAGUUAAUUAGUUAAAUCGCCAAAAUCGCUAAAAAGGGUGACAAUUGUGAGCCCAUUUCGGGUAUUACAUCAAACUCAACAACAACUGUUGUUGGCUCCUCGGUUAAAGCAAUGCCUGAGCAAAGCAAUGAUUACCGAGUUGUUGUUUUUGGUGCUGGUGGAGUUGGAAAAUCAAGUCUGGUUCUACGAUUUGUUAAAGGUAUUUUCCGGGAAACUUAUAUCCCUACCAUUGAAGAUACAUAUAGACAGGUCAUCUCUUGCAACAAAAAUAUAUGUACACUUCAGAUAACUGAUACAACUGGUUCUCAUCAAUUCCCAGCUAUGCAAAGGCUCAACAUAACCAAAGGACAUGCUUUUAUGCUGGUUUACAGUAUAACAUCAAAGCAAAGUUUGGAGGAAAUCAAGCCAAUUCAACAAUUGAUCAGGACAGUUAAAGGUGAAAGUGAAAGUAUACCAACGAUCGUUGUAGGUAACAAAUGUGAUGAAGAGAACCUUCGUGAAGUCCAAAUUGAAGAAGUGCAAAGUUUAUUGAAAACAUUUUUUAUUAACUGUGGAUUCAUUGAAACCUCAGCCAAAACCAAUCACAACGUUAAAGAAGCUUUCCAGGAAUUACUAUCGUUGGAUAAAAAUCGUAAUAUGUCACUCAACUUGGAUUUGAAAAAGUCUAGAUCACAGUUAAGAAGGGAAAAGCUGAAAGGAAAAUGUAUGAUGAUGUAAACCUGGUUUUCGAGCAAUUAACAGUAACAACAAACGACCUGAUGUGAUCAAAUUAAAACCUAAUGCUAUCAAAAGAUAUCAAAGCCAAUCAUUGACUUUUAACCAAGCAUCGCAAGCGACAAAUUCACAAAAUAUUUAUGGAUAAAAUGGCGAAGGAAUUGCAUGGAAAUUUACUGAACAGAAACGAAAUGCUGAAAUUUUGAAGUUCAAACAUGAAAACACAAACACAAAAGAUUACCAUGUUAAAACAAUUGUAAACCAACAAAUGAAAAGCAAGGAAAAUGGAUCAAGAAAAUAAUGAAGAUUUUUAUUGAUUGACUUUAUGACUAUUGUAAAUGGUUUAAUGAAAAAUGAGAAGAGAUUUUUAUUUAAUUAUAAGUGUGAUUAGUCUUUAAUUACACGAUAGACGUAAUCAAGGGAAAAUGUAAUUUCCAAUUGAAAAACUAACAUAAGGUCAACUUUACCUUAAUCAUCGCCACCAUUGCCAUCAUUAUUAUCAUCCUUUUUUCUUGCUUUUCACUCUAUUUCUUGUCUUUCACGAGUUAAAUCAUACUAAUGAAGUUAAAUUGGUUAUAUCUUUAGAUUAUAAUUAAGUCAGGUAACAAGAAAAAGCAACAAAAAAAAAUAUGGUUUCAUUAUUAAGAUUCUGAAGAUGAAAAUAGGCUUUUUGAUUAUCGAUUAUCAUUAAUAUCAUUAUUAUUGUUCAUUACCAUUACUAUUCUUACACAUUAAUCAUUGUAAUCACACAAACAAAAUACACACAACACAACACAAGUCAACACAAUCUAAAUAACCCAUUACAUUUGGUCGUCCAAACAAUUUACAAAGCAACACCAACUACAAUUUAAUUCAAUCGAGAAAGAUAUAAACCAAAAAUAUAUUAUGUAUUGAGAAGUAGAUAAACAGAGUGAAUUAUCAUUGGAAAGAUAAUUAUUAUUAUUAAAUUAUAUAAGAAAGUUAUUAUAUUAUAAAUAAAAGAUUACAAUUAAAAUAAAUUUGUGGGCGAUCAAAACGACAAUUUAAAUUUGCAAAGCGUAAAAGUGAGAUUUAUUUAACACAAAAUCAAGAGUGAGGAUGGUAAAAAUUAUAUAUAUAUAAAUAUUAAAAGUUAUAUCAAAUUAUAAGUUUAUGAUUUUGACAAAAAAAUAUAUACAGUUAAAUUAUGUUGACUUGAUUGACUAACAGGAGCAAGGAGCUAUACAAUUAAAAUAUAUGUAAAUAAUUAAGUUGAAUGAUAAAAAGAUUAAUAAAAUCUAAUAAGUUGAUCGUUGUUAA